AUGAUAUUCUUCACAUUUCUUGCCAUGCUCAUUGAGGCAGUGGCAAGCCUUCAAACGAGCACGUCAACCCCGCCGACUGUAACCCUAACCAGCAAAAGCAACAAAACCAUAUUUAUAGGACGAUCUCUCCCACAAUUCAGCCAGGAUCUGUUCCUUGGUAUAAAGUAUGCUGACCAGCCUACUCGCUUUACACCAGCCGAAUUGAAAUCCACAUAUACUUCUAAUGACAGCGAUUCCGGUGUAUACGAACUUUCUACAGGCCAAAGCACCACCUCCAGCACGGUACAUUACAAUGCCACUCAGUAUGGCCACGACUGUCCGGCAUAUGGAUCCGACACAACAAACCUGGCUAAUCAGGGUCUCAUCACCCUGAACGAAGAUUGCCACAAUUUGAACAUCAUUCGCCCGCGAACAGAUCAGGACGAGUUGUUGCCGGUCAUGAUCUGGAUCUUUGGCGGUGGAUGGACACAGGGAGCCACUGCAGAUCCGAGAUACAACAUGAGCUAUAUUGUGGAACAGAGUGCUUUGAAUGGGAAGCCAGUUUUGGGUGUUUCUAUCAACUAUCGGUUAGCAGCGUUUGGCUUCCUGGACUCGGAGGAAGUGAGAGCUGAGGGUUACAAUAACCUCGCUCUCCGUGAUCAACGUACUGCCAUGCGGUGGGUGAAGAAGAAUAUCGAAGCAUUUGGUGGAGAUCCGGAUAAGAUCACCAUAUGGGGCGAGUCUGCAGGUGCAUACAGUGUUGGAAUUCAUCUGGUAACGAACAAUGGCAAUAACGAGGGUCUUUUCCGAGCUGCAAUCAUGGACUCUGGCAAUGCCAUCGGCCCCCCAUACAACGGCACUGAAUGGCAUCAGCCCAUGUAUGAUCGAAUUGUCGAGAGAGCUGGAUGCACCGAGUCCAGCAAUACAUUGCAAUGUCUCCGCGAAUUGCCAUACACAACCUUGUACAACGCCGCAUACGAGGGACUCGAGUGGUUCGCAACCAUCGACGGGUCAUUCGUAACUCAGUAUCCCCAAAUCAGCUAUAAGCAAGGCAAAGUAGCCAAAGUGCCCAUUCUUCUCGGCACGAACACAGACGAAGGAACCAGUUUCGGGACUACGGGCACAGACACUGAGGAUGACUGCAUUGAUGAGCUGACGAAAUCCAAACGCUGGGUCUUGGACCGCACUCAGGCCACGGAGCUUGUAUCGCACUACCCUAACAUCUCCUCUAUUGGAUGUCCCUAUGGUUGGGGCAAUGUCACUUGGCCAUCCUUGGGACUGAUGUAUAAGCGCUACUCCUCUAUGGCGGGUGAUCUGACCAUGGUGGGACCGCGACGAAUGCUAGCGCAGACCAUGUCUGGGUUUAAAAAGAAUGUAUUCUCCUAUCGAUGGGACGUGGCUGCAUUAAAUAGUUCGACGACGAUCGGCGUGCAGCAUUUUGCAGAGAUUCCCUUCGUUUUUGCAAAUCCUGUGCAAACUAUCACUCCUUUAGGGAGUGAUCCAGCACGCUUGGAACUGGGACAGCUGGCAGCGCGGAUGUGGACUUCUUUCGUGGCAGAUCUGGAUCCUAACGGGCAUGGUGUGUCUGAUGUUUCAAAAUGGCCGGAAUAUACAUUUGGCAAUUCGGUAUCGAAUUUUGUACUUCGUUUGCCCCGGAAUGAGAGCUAUGUGGAGAGCGAUACGUAUCGCACUGCUGGGAUCAAGUAUAUCAACAGCAUUGCACGCAAAGACGAGUUUUGA